AUGGUGCGUUCUUCCCCGGCUCAUGUCGAGCGUCCCAGCGAGCUUCCACCGCGUCGCAUGUCCAAGGCCCCAACUGCAUUGCGGAGGAAGACUAAAACUUUCACGGGAUGCUGGACCUGCCGCGCUCGAAGGGUCAAAUGCGAUGAAGCACAUCCCUUUUGCAACAGAUGCACCCAUUCACGGCUCGCCUGUGAAGGUUACGGGGUCCGCCUAGCCUGGAAGGAGGGUCAUGGCAAGGGCUCUGGUUCCACCGGUCCCUUUAGGAAAUUGAUUGAGCUGGAGUCGAACGUUGGCCAAAUCUCACUCGACCACAUGAACAACAUGCUUCGACAUUGCAGCACCGCAACAGCCAGCCAGGAUACUAAAUCAUUCGGACCAUUCUCAGUGUUUAGUAUAUUGUCGAGGCCUCCUGAGCAGACCGUCUCGCUGGACCUGCUUGACCCUCAGCGUUGCCCAGGAGGUCCAGAGCUGGAAUCGCAGACCGAUUUCGGAGACGUUUUUUCGCCGGCGUUCAUUGCGACAUCUUCGAGUAUGGAACAAUCAGACGGCCAAGGGACGCCUGGGCCAUCAUCAUACACCUCUCUAUCGGACUAUCUUGAACAGCCAAACCUUGAUUUCAAUACCAGUACCGAUAUACCGGCGAAUGAGCUUCCAAUGCUCGAUUUGCUUCCGAUGACCGUCUCCACUGUCGACGACCAAGAUUCGAUUCAAAUCCUGCCGCAGCUUCCAGACUCACGAAAUAUCAUAUGGGAUGACCCGUUGCAAGAGGGUGAGCUUAUUAUUGGUUUAGAUUCUCCCGGACACACCAGCGAGUCGACGCGUUUCUCAUCCUUUGGAGACCCAGUUCUUCCCUGCCGUUAUCUCAACACACUCUCUGAUCUGUCCCACACUGAGCAUGGACUCAUCCAUCAUUGGCUGGUCUUCAUGUGCAAGAACAUGGUACCAGUUAAUACGAUAGACAACCCUUACCGGGUUCUCUACCUUCGGCUGGCCUCUGAAGCUCUCACAUCUUUCUCGAGUAGCAAGCUGGCAGUCUUUCACGGCCUGUGUGCGGCAGCUGCUGAAAGUCUCAAUACCCUCCGUGAUCACAAGAAUGACGAUUCAAACCUAUCGCUGACAAAGCACGCAAACGCGGCCUUGAAAAGCUUACAAGAAUUAAUAGCCAGCCCUACGCCAAAGGAUUAUACAUCUAUCCUAGCUGCCAUCAUUAUGUGUAUCCUGAGGGACUCCGUGAUGGGUCAACCCGGCAACUGGCGACUUCACACACAAGCAGCCUUGAAGAUAGUAAAUGAGGCCUUGGCGUCAGGAGUGGAAGCUGCCUCGAGCUUGCACAUCCUGGCCGAGCAAUGCGUCUGUAUUGCCGCGUUUGGCAAUCUCGAAAGCGAGUACGAUCUAGGCGUUUUGGUCGCCCAACUGCCAGAUACCGAGCACUACCUAUACAACCAACACAGUGUUACCAAAUCUCUGCUUGGCUUUGUUACUUUGAUCAACGCAAUAUCGAAAACCGGCCUAGAAGCAAAUCCUGUCACUUUGGAUGGCCUGGAGCUUCGCAUUUAUCUCCAGGCUGCUCCAAUUGUUCAUCUCGACAAGUCAGGCCAGAAGGGCGAUGCCAUCAUUAUCCAACACUAUCACCACGUAUACUAUUACGCUCUUCUCAUUUUCUUUCAGCGUCUGGGACGUCACAGGCCUCCAAGCCAGUUCCAAGACCUCGUGCACGAGGGCUUGGUGCACUUGGAAGCGGCAGAAGAUAUUGCCAUGGAAUCUAAUGGAUGCAUAUUGCUUUGGCCAUGCAUGACGAUCGCUAGCGAGUGUGUUAAGGAGGAUUUAAAGACACGAGCUUUGAAAUGGUUCGAGCGGAAAAAGCGGCAUGGGUUUAACAAUGUGAACACAGCUACCAAGAUCUGUCGUGGGUAUUGGCGUUGGCGGGAUGAGAAUGCUGUUGCCUGUCUGAGUAAGUCAUGGCAGGACUUCGUUGUUGGCACAGAAUAUGAUGUUGUUCCUGUCUAG